UCCCACACAGAACUGAAAAAAAGGAAUCUUGUGGGCCAGCCAUCUAGUUCUGCCUGUGUUACAGUGAAGAGGCACUACCUAGAAGAUGAAGCCCUUGUGCCUCUUAACAGAGAUACUGAUAAUUCUUGGGGUCACAAUGAAAAGUAUUGAAGCAGAAAAACAGGGUAAAAAGCAAAAAGAAAGAAAUGUCACCACACAGGUACCAGUGAACGAAUUGAAACAAUUUUUAUCGCAAGUAUUGGAACGAAGGACAUUGAAUAAAGUAAUCAAUAAAAGAGAAAAUCUGUUAGAAAAAAGGAAUCAACAUAAAUUAAGAAUAAAAGGAAUUCAAAAUAAAGAUGUCUCAAAAAGAAAUAAAAAUCAUUUAAAUAAUCAAGCACAGAAAAAUUUCACAGAUGAAGGAGACCAACUAUUUAAUAUGGGUGCCAAGAUUCUCCAGCAGUCUAAAACCCAAAAGCAAAAAGCACAAGCCUACAUUUUCUUUGCCAAAGCAGCUGACAUGGGAAACUUGAAAGCUAUGGAGAAAAUGGCUGAUGCUUUGCUAUUUGGAAAUUUUGGCAUGCAAAACAUAACAGCAGCUAUCCAAUUAUAUGAGUUCUUGGCUAAAGAAGGAUCAUAUCAAGCCCAAAACGCAUUAGGAUUUUUGUCUUCUUAUGGAAUAGGGAUGGAAUAUAAUCAAGCAAAGGCACUGAUAUAUUAUACCUUUGGAAGUGCAGGGGGAAGCAUGAUAUCCCAGAUGAUUUUGGGGUACAGAUAUUUGUCAGGAAUCAAUGUUCUACAGAAUUGUGAAGUUGCCCUAAAUCAUUACAAGACAGUGGCAGAUUAUAUUGCUGACAAAUUAGAAAAAAGUGAAGGUAUUCCAGUGGAAAAAGUAAGACUAACUGAAAGACCUGAAAAUCUGAGCUCUAACAAUGAAAUUUUGGAUUGGGACAUAUACCAGUACUAUAAAUUUUUGGCAGAAAGAGGAGAUGUUCAGAUACAAGUAUCUCUUGGACAAUUACAUCUAAUUGGGAGGAAAGGCCUUGAUCAAGAUUACUACAAAGCACUAUACUACUUCUUAAAGGCAGCAAAGGCCGGAAGUGCAAAUGCCAUGGCAUUUAUAGGAAAGAUGUAUUUAGAAGGUAAUGCUGCAGCACCACAAAAUAAUGCUACUGCCUUCAAAUACUUUUCCAUGGCAGCCAGUAAGGGUAAUGCAAUUGGUCUUCAUGGGCUUGGUCUUCUUUAUUUUUAUGGUAAAGGAGUUCCUGUGAAUUAUGCUGAAGCACUUAAAUACUUUCAGAAAGCUGCAGAGAAAGGAUGGCCCAAUGCACAGUUUCAUUUAGGCUUCAUGUACUACUCUGGUUCUGGAGUAUGGAAGGAUUAUAAACUUGCCUUCAAAUAUUUCUAUUUGGCAUCUCAAAGUGGGCAGCCCCUUGCCAUUUAUUAUCUGGCCGAGAUGUAUGCGACAGGAACAGGAGUUUUAAGAUCAUGUAGAACUGCUGUGGAGCUUUAUAAAGGUGUCUGUGAACUGGGCCAUUGGGCUGAGAAAUUCCUGACAGCAUACUUUGCCUAUAAGGAUGGUGAUAUAGAUUCUUCUCUUGUUCAGUAUGCACUACUUGCAGAAAUGGGGUAUGAAGUAGCUCAAAGCAAUUCAGCGUUUAUUUUGGAAUCUAAAAAGGUUAAAAUUCUUGAGAAAGAGAAAAUGUAUCCAAUGGCUCUUCUCCUAUGGAAUCGAGCUGCCACUCAAGGCAAUGCAUUCGCUAGGGUGAAAAUUGGAGAUUACCAUUACUAUGGCUACGGGACUAAGAAAGAUUAUCAAACAGCAGCCACACAUUACAGCAUUGCAGCUGACAAAUACCACAGCGCCCAAGCCAUGUUCAACCUGGCCUAUAUGUAUGAACAUGGUUUAGGUAUUGCAAAGGACAUUCACUUGGCCAGGAGAUUAUAUGAUAUGGCAGCUCAAACAAGUCCAGAUGCUCACAUACCUGUGUUCUUUGCCCUCAUGAAACUGAAAACUGUGCAUUUGUUCCAAGAUAUCUUCUUUUUUAAUUUUACAACGAGAUGGAAAUGGAUUAAAUCAGACAACACCCAUGGAUCGUACUGGGAUUUAUUUGUGAUUGGCCUCAUUGUUGCUGUCCUAAUCUUCUUGCUUAGAAGUUACUACAUGUAGGAUCUGGAUCAUAGGAAAAUCUGCUCGCUCAUGGGAGUCAGUUCACUUGGAGGUAUCCUUGCUAAAUAAAGAAUCUCCACAUCAAACCAAGAGUCUGCUGCAAAUUUCCCCCACAGGGCUGUGAUGGAAAAUGGACAAAGUUUAGGACCUGUCCUCUCCAAAAACAUUUCAGAUUUUCUGCUGAAUUGAAUGGAGUGACCACUGAGCUGCUGCUGGGGAUUAGUUACCUAAACUUCAUUAUAGACUGGCCAUCUUGGUGCUCUAGUCCCGAGUUAAGAGUAAGGACCACCCAUCUUCAUGUGUUGUAACAACCUGUCCCCACUUAAGUGGACAAACAGGUUUCUUGGCUCCUACAACAAACUGGGGUAGAGACAAGGGAGUGUUUAGGGAGUACAGGAAAACAGAUUCCUCAGAAUUGUAUAAAGAGAAAAAUUACAAAUAGACCCUACUUUGGGGAAUGAUCCUGUGAACCACAUCAUAGCCCUAAAGAGCAAAAGCUCCUUGUGGCAUACUGUGCCAGCGGCCAUCUUCCCCAGGGGCCUCCUAUCAAAGCUCCUCCAAUCGUCAACAGUAAAUAAACACCA